UAAAGUUUAUAGAAGAUUAAGGGCCAUGAAGGAGCCCAGCAGGUCUCAAAAGCAGGGGGGGUGGCCCUGUCCUGCAGAGCCCUGGGUAGUAAGACAGAGCAGGAAGGUCUGGGGAGGGCACGGUGAGCCUGGGGGCUGUUCAGGGAGUUUUCACGGCUCUCUGGGGAGCUGGGGAGCACUGGGGCUUUAAGCAUCAGCUUCUAAAGAUUAGAUUGAGCUCUUGAAAUGAUCACUGCACAUGGAGAGUAGAGGGGGGCCAAGACUGGACGCAGGAGUCCUGUUGUGGCUGUGUAGGUGUGUGGGGACGUUGGCCUGGACUAGGAGGAUGGCAGCGGGCACAGGUUAGCAGCAUGGCGUAGGGUCCUCCACCUGUGAGGUCCAGCACGGCCUGUUUAACUUUAAAUGAAUUAAACCUGAGUGAAAUUAGAAGCUCAGUCCCUCAGCGGUACUAGCGCAUUUCACGUGCCCAGUAGCCCUGUGUGGCCAGUGCCCGAAUUUUGAGGCAGCUCAGAGAACCCUUUCAUCUCUCCAUAAAGUCCUACUGCAUGCUGGUUUGCACUACCCAGGGCGUGGACUUCAGAGUAAGGAGGGAAAGAUCAAAGAGGACUGCCGGGCUUGGACUGGGCGGCUGUGGUGGGGUAAUCUAGACGGAGUGUCUGGGCGGGGGAGUCCCGCGGCCUUCUUUCCUGACUACUGGAAGCAUGUUUCUAAGUGCACCUCUGAGCCCUCUAGCUUCUGGCAGCUUCUGGAGUGUGUGAGCCCAUUACCAGUGUUGAUAGGUGGGGACACCUUAAUGCUCGUCCUCCUCAAACCCUAACGGAGAGAAGGCAGUAGGCUGGCUAUGUCUGCAGGUUCAAGGCCCAGCAGGCAGACUUGUGUGCUGCUCCUGAGAAGCCCACGUCCCUGUGUUUCAGGUAUCGAGAACCUUCCUUGUGAGCUUCAGAGGAACUUCCAGCUGAUGCGAGAGCUGGACCAGAGGACAGAAGAUAAGAAAGCGGAGAUCGACAUCCUGGCUGCGGAGUACAUCUCCACAGUGAAGACGCUGUCCGCAGAGCAGCGGGUAGAGCACCUGCAGAAGAUCCAGAGUGCAUACAGCAAGUGCAAGGAGUACAGCGACGACAAAGUGCAGCUCGCCAUGCAGACCUACGAGAUGGUGGAUAAACACAUUCGGAGGCUUGAUGCGGACCUGGCGCGCUUUGAAGCAGACCUGAAGGACAAGCUGGAGGGCAGCGACUUUGAGAGCUCUGCAGGACGGGGGCUAAAAAAAGGUCGAAGCCAGAAGGAGAAGAGGAGCUCCCGGGGGCGAGGCAGGAGGACCUCAGAAGAAGACACUCCGAAGAAAAAGAAGCACAAAGGAGGGUCCGAGUUCACUGACACUAUCUUGUCCGUUCAUCCUUCCGAUGUGCUGGACAUGCCCGUGGACCCCAACGAGCCCACCUACUGCCUCUGCCACCAGGUGUCCUACGGGGAGAUGAUCGGCUGUGACAAUCCAGACUGUCCCAUCGAGUGGUUUCACUUCGCCUGUGUAGACCUGACCACGAAGCCCAAAGGAAAAUGGUUCUGUCCCCGGUGUGUCCAGGAGCGCAGGAGGAGGAAGUAAGGAAGAGGCGGAGCCGGCAGGAGAGCGAGCUGAAACACUCCUCUGGUCACGCUGCAGUGUUUUACCUUCACCUUAAAACUACCUUGUUUUGAAUAUUUAAUAACUCAGUGGCCAGUUGUAAUUCUGGAUAUUUCCUAAAAUCAACAAGAACCCACCUGAGCCCUGUUUGCACCGAGGAGGAUCUCAGGGCACUUGCCAGUGACUUGUUCUCGUGACUGUUGUACAGACCCCGGCACUGAGCACGGCGGUCCCACAAGGAACCCGUGUGGCUCCGUGGGUGUGUGCGUGCGGCAUGCUGGGUGCAGUGGGACCUGCCAGCUGGGAGCAGACACUGCCAUCACUUUGCAGCUAGAGGUGUGAGCCUUGCGUGGUCUGCAGUUUCCUGGGCUUCCCCCGGAGAGCCCACGCCACUGGUGUACAUCGUCCACGCCGUGUACACGGUCUGUAGUCUGGUGGGCAUUGCCGGAAGGCGCCCUCCUGCGCUCUGAGCGGCAGCUGCGCAGAAAGGGCUGCACUCCCCAGGAGGAGCUCUACUUGGCUGUGCACUGCCCUUUAAUCUGAACUGCCAGCUCCUAAGGUUUUACUGUCUGGAGUAAACAGCUCUGGAUUGGUAGACGGCCGUCAGUGCCACCACCAGCACCAGUGGGUGAUGGCAUGACAGACUGGCUGAUGUUCCGUUUCUCUGGGAAUUCCGGAUGUUUUUACUGUGAAGACAAAAUUAUUGUAAUUGCAUGAAGACAGUGGGUCUGUGUGUGAAGUGAGUCCAGUCUACUGAGAGCCGAUUUUGAACCUGUUUCUGUGACACUGGGCCAGCACCUUGUCUCCCAGGGGAUACAAUUAUGUGAUGUGAUUUGUGAAUUUCUUGUGCCACAUUGAAGUUCUGGAAUGAUGCUAGGAAACUAGAGUGUGCUUUCUGUUUAACCAGUGUUCAAACCGAUUUUGAACCGUCUCUUUGGUACUCGGGGACAUCGCAUACAUUUGGUAUGUUGAGAUCCACUUGUGACGGUACCUGCAGUGUGACCUCUGGGAGUGCCCCUGGACUCUCCGAGACCCACCCCGCGCGGUUCAGACAAGUCAGGGUUCCUCUUGCUAGAAAAAGAAACCUGGGAGAUGGGAUUGAGGUGUGAAGUGACCAGCAUCCGAAGCGUCUCUUCUCUGGGGUGAGGAGAGUCUUCUGGAGUGGUCCGUCUGCUUCCUCCAAUGGCCUCGUGUACCACGUCCUCUCUUGGCUUCCAGUAUUUCACCAAGGAGAGGGAACGAGGCAGAGGAACUGGUGAAGCUGCGUCCUAGACCGGCCACUGCCGGCAAAUGAGUUAAUAUUCAGCUAACGAGAGCAGAUGUCAGAGGGCAGGAGGGUCCACUGGAAUCUGCGGUUCUCAGCGAGUCUUAUCCUGUGCAGGUUGUGUCCAGACUGCUGUCCUUUCCAGAGCCACCCAAGGGAGCAGGACUUGCUUCCAAAUGACUGCAGGCGGGUCACUCCAGCCUGUGUGCCCCUUCCAGUCUCGGGCUGGUGGUUAGAGUGGGGGUCAGCAGCUGCCUUGGCCUGUCCCUGGUGGGUCCAGGCCUGAUGCGCUUUCUUAGAACCCAUGUCUUCCUGCUGCUCAGGAAGAAGUUGGGAGCGCACCUGAGACUCAGACUCGGGAACACGAGGCCCACUUAUAUUUAGUUACUUAGCUCUAUGUUACAGGUGUUCAAAGGUUGUGGGGAAUCAAUUGUGGAAAUUUUUUCUUCACUCUUUCACUAGUUUUUGCGGAGGGGAUGGGUAAGUACAGUAAGCUUGUGGUGGUUCUUUGGGAGCUGAUUGAAUGUUUGCAUGUCAUUUUUGAGCACACCCACUUGCUACCGAACACAGUGGUUUGUGGGUGCAGGUUGGUGGCUGGCUAGUUUUGAUGAUCACCUGGUUUUCUGAGGCCGCGCUUAUUUCCCAGGAAUGACGACCAGCAUUGGUCUUAAGCUUUUGUUUAAAAUUCAGUGUUGUCAUUCUGCUUGUCACUGUGUAGCAUCCUGUGUGUCGAUUUUUUGUAAGUUACUGUGCUUAUCGGUUUCUAGUGUUUACUUUUGCCAGUUACAAUAAUAUCACCAAAAUAAUAUGCAGACAGCUUUGAAGAAAAUGGAAAAUGCGAGCAUGAUAGAUCCCUGGGGAUGUUGUUUGGAUGAUGACUGGACGCCAUUCCUGACCUUUAAUACCAUCCGAGUCAGAACGACGGAAGAGUGGCUGUCUGGUUGGGAGAGAAUGUCAUGCCCCCUGGCCAGCUCUGGCCCCACAAGGACGAGUGGAGCACACAGAGCUGUAUUCCCCACGGCCUGACUGCCCACAUCUGAUCCUGGGGACAGCUGUGGCGCCAACCUCGUCCCUUCGGUUGCAGGAUCUGGGCUGGGCCCAGCGGGUGAGGGUGCGGCCCCUAUGGCCAGGGUUUACUGGUAAAGGAAGAAGUAUCUUGCUUGGAGGAGAAGCUGAACCGUUUUUUCUUGUUCUCGGUGCUGUGUGCUCAGCCAGCGCUUGAGAGACCUGCCCAACAGGACACAUCUGCACAGACAGUUCGUUAAGCUGAGUCUCACAUCUCUGGCUGUGCUAGUGGAGCUGUUGGCUGGGGCUGCCUGUGUGACUGUCUCCACUGUGCAGGCUGGGCCCCAGGCAGGUGGGUGUGAGACAGACUGGCCAGGGCUCUGGAAGCUGGGUGCGCAGCUGUGUGCACCGUAAUGGCUUGGUGUGCUGGGGUGCGUGGGGACAGCAGCCAGCUGUGUGUCGGUGCUGUUCCAGGCUGCCACCUGCACUUGCCUCCUGCCCUGUUCCUGGCAGCGCUUGGCAGGGGCUGCUUUGAGCAAUAACACUGUCCACAUGCCAUAGCCAGGGCCUGCCCCGUCGUAGGAUUCAGAAACUUCUCAUGGGCAUUGCAGAGUUAAGGUUUUCCUCAGUUCUUAGUGAACAGUGAUUAGUUGUCAUUACCUGUGUGAGAGGCAUUUAAAAUGGGAAGAAAUGUUCUCAUUCAGGAUACAGUCCUCUGAAGUGUCUUUCUCCCUACGUAUGUGUUCUGUGGUGGUUACUUUUACCACAUUUCAUCCAAAAAGAUGAUGCAGCUUUAACGUGAAUGUUACCUUUUAUUUUCAAGGAAUUAUUAUCUAUGUUCCCUUUGUAAAGGAAAGAUAUUGUAAAUCUUUUUAUUAAAUAAUGUAAAGAUGUAUAUCUGUAUUUUUGGAUCAUGUUAUAGAUUAUGGAUAUAUUGUUUAAUAAAUAAAGUAUUUUUUGGAACAAACA